AAACAUCAACUGAGAUCAUAAUUUAGGUACUUCCCAAGCCUAACGAAUCCAGUUCCGUCUUUUUUCAAGCUCAGAUCAGUUCUAUCAAGGUGAAGCUUGGCUGAGAAACAACCCUGCAUAUUCGAAAGUACCCCUCCAUCACUUCAGGCAUAAAUAGCAGAGUCCUCCAACACCAGUUUUCCACCUCUCAGCUCUAUAAAGCUACAGCAAUGGCGCCUUCCGGUCCUUUCCCCGUCACUGUCCAUCCCUUUGACUCCGAGUGCCGAGGCUCAGCUGCCUACGAAGUUGGCUUGACUUCUGCUCACAAUGCUAUCGUCUUCAUCGGCGGGCUUACUGAUGGCCCGCAUACUAUUCCCUACACCCGGCUCCUAGCUGAGCGACUAGAACAGGCAGCAGAUCUGGGCUACUCUGUUUUUGAGUUCCGUAUGAGAAGUUCUUUUUCAGGAUUUGGUACUUCGAACCUGUCCAACGACGUGGAGGACAUAUCUGCAUUGGCCAAGUAUCUCCGAGGCAUUGGGAAGAAAAAGAUCGUCCUCUUUGGUUCAUCCACCGGUUGCCAGGACUGUAUUGAGUAUGCCGACUACCCAAAACACAACAACGAGCCGGUGGAUGGCUUCAUUUUGCAAGGGCCAGUGUCGGAUCGUGAGACACUAGACUUGAUCAUGCCCGAUCCUCAGCCGAGUCUUGAUCUCGCAGCCAAGAUGAUCUCUGAGGGCAAGGGCGGUGAUUGUAUGCCCUUUGACAUGAUCCCAGCUGUUCUGGGAGCACCGAUUUCGGCUUAUCGAUUCCAAUCUCUGGCCAGCAAAGGUGGCGACGAUGACUAUUUCUCGUCAGACCUCGAUGACGAAAUCCUAGAGAAGAACUGGUCACGAUUCAAGAAGCCAGUGCUAGUCCUGCACUCUGCUGAGGAUGAAUUUGUUCCCGCGCGUAUUGACCAAGCUGCAAGUAACAAAAAGUAUAAGGAAUUGAACUCGACCGCCGUCAGCGACCUAUCUGGGCUGAUCCCUGGCGCAAGCCAUACCGUUGAGCAGCUCGAAUCGCAAGAGUGGCUUUCCAAGACAGUGAUUGAGUUUUUGAAAACAGUAUAAGUUACAUGUCGAUAGGCUGUUGGUACGUACCUAUAGAUACAAGCCGGGGAAAACGAACG